AACAAACAACAACAUCAACAUCAAUCUAAAUUCGAAGGUCCGGAACAAUUAAAUGGUAAGAAUCCUUGCUGUUAUCGAUGGGCAUUGUUGGAUUGUUUAACCGAUUCGGUACAAAAAUAUUGCCCAAUGGCCAACACAUUUGAUUCAAGAACUUUUCUAAUGAAACGUGAAGAAGUAAUCUUUUAUUACGAAUCAUUUCAUUGUCAAGAUUAUCCAUUCGAUGGCCAUCAUUGUCAUAUUUCUAUGUGGAUGAUUAUUUUAUCAAUAUUUCUGAUCAUCGGUACCAUUGUUAUUAUCAUUUUAAUGGCCAUUUAUAUUUACCGUUAUGUUUGGCAUGAACGAGGAAAAUUAACAAUACCACCAACAACAACGAAACAACAGUCAACACCAACACCACCACCACCAAUCAUACGAACCAGACAGAAUAAUAGAAAUAAAAGAUUUAAUCCAAUAACAGAUUUAUAAUCAAUUUUAUUCAUAUGAAAAAUUUAACAAUUCAAAUUAACAAAACAAUAAAAAC